AUGGCGGCGCCCAGGGCUCGCGCCGCCAGUGGGGAAACCUGCGCAGCGUCUCCUGACGCAGGUGCGGAGUCGGCGGCGAAUGUGCACGAACAGUUGGAGCUUUUGAGAGCAGCGGCGCCCCGACUGUCACCGCAGCCUCUGCUGCUGUGCUGGCCGCCGUCCGCAUGCAGCCGCGCCCCCCAAUUCGGACUCUCUCCCGCUCCUUCCGCCCUUCCCGCUGCUGCUGUUGGCUCGUUUGAGGACGUGUUGGCUCUCGAAAAGCACGCUGCGGUGUCUCAAGUGAAACGGCAGGAGCGCGUCUCCAGCUCGCUCGCCCACGCGCUCUUUGAAGCUUUGAGCGCGAGGGGGGAGAGCGGCGAGGCCACGGACGCGACGUUUGACUCCUUUCUCCGCCGACUCGCCGCGAAGGCCGAAGCGGCACUGCAAGGUGCGCAGCGGUGCGACAUCUGCGGACGGCACGGCUGCGGCGACGAGGACUCUGUGGGGGAGCAGGAGGCGGCCGCAUCGGCACCCGGAGGGAAACGCAAGAAAGCGAACCCCAGCACACCGCAGAGGAGAGGCAGCAGUGGAGCAAAACACGCCGCACUGUGCGUUGUUCCGCUUCUCAAUCCUGUCCGCAGAAUUGUCAGCUUGACUCCUCCGAAGCGCGUGUGCGAGGCGUGCUUUCGCGUCCUGCACCUUCCGCAGCUUCUCUCCGUCUCUGUGGCCUCAGUCGUCUCCGGCGCCCCGCUGACUCGCUCGGUAUUCUCGGAUGUGCUGGAGCACUUUGCAAGCGUGAAUGGAUACACAGACUUGGCUGUCGCGGGUGCCCGCCUGCAGCAGGCGGUCUCCCUCGCCUUCAGUGUCUCUCUGCUCAAAAGGCAGGUGAACUGGCGACUGGAGAAGCUCUCGAGCCCGUCCCUCGACAGUUUUUUCUCUUCGCUCGCCGCGUGUGCGCCCGUUAUCUCGGGGACGGACGACGGCGCAGUCAGUGAGAAUCGCCUCCACCGGGGGGCUGCGGAGGAGAGCAAAGCGAAGCGCACGGCGUCUUCGGAGGGCUCGACGCAGGCGAAACGACAACGAUCUGCUUCGUCUGCGCGCGUUUCGAUGCAGACGGAUGACGGGGGAGAGAAGGCCCUGGCACAAGCACAUAUUAGUCAGGCCGGCAAGCGAAAGGAGACUGAGAAGAAAGCUGGAGUUCCGGCUGAACGGAAGUCUUCCUCGAGCGCCACCUCGACUCCCGCGGCUCGCCAGAAGGACGGACAGCAGCAGCGCAAGAACCCCAAAAAGAGGAAGCAGGCCACGUAG